GCAUUACUCCAGACUCCAGGGAUUGCACAAGUGAGGAUGUAUCUCCACAGGUUGCUUGCAGUGAUGAUGCUGUGCUGGAGACAGCCAUGAGGAGCCUGGAUUAAGACUCCCAAAUCAACUCCUGCCAGCUGUGAAGGAGAAACAUCACUUGGAUCUGGUCUGGGCUCUUAUCUCCCUCCUGCUUGGAAGUGGGGACUGGUGCCCUAGAGGUGCCCGUUGCUGCGUCGUAGGGCUCCGAAGAUGUCCAACAGCAACACAGCCCAGGAGUCUCUGGAAAUAAUGAAGGAGUCGGAGAAAAAGGUGGUUGAGGAAUCUGUGAACAAAACCAAAUACAUAUCCAGGUCACCGAGCAAGGAGGAGGUGGAGAAGGAUGGCGGGGAGGAGGUCAGCGUGCGCCAGGAGUCUCAGAGACGAACUUCAAGCCAUGGCCAUGCCAGGAAAAGAGCCAAGUCUAAUUCAAAGCUUAAACUGGUCAGGAGUUUGGCUGUAUGUGAAGAAUCGUCCAGCCCCUUUGUAGAUGGGCUGCUGGAGUCGCAGGAUGUCAUUCAGUUGCAUGUUAGCUGCCCUUCUGACAAGGAAGAGGAAAAGUCCACGAAAGAUGGGGCUGAGAAGGAAGAAAAAGACAAGAAUAAAGAAAAGGCACCGAGGAAAAUGCUGUCUCGAGAUUCCAGCCAGGAAUAUACAGACUCCACUGGGAUAGAUUUGCAUGAGUUUUUAGUAAAUACACUGAAAAAAAACCCACGGGAUAGAAUGAUGCUACUAAAGUUAGAACAGGAGAUUCUGGAAUUUAUUAGUGAUAACAACAAUCAGUUUAAGAAGUUCCCUCAGAUGACCUCGUACCAUCGGAUGCUGCUGCACCGGGUAGCUGCCUACUUUGGCAUGGACCAUAACGUGGACCAAACUGGGAAGGCAGUCAUCAUCAACAAGACCAGUAACACACGAAUCCCUGAGCAGAGGUUCUCUGAGCACAUCAAAGAUGAGAAGAAUGCAGAGUUCCCGCAGAGGUUCAUCCUGAAACGAGAUGAUACCAGCAUGGACCGAGAUGAUAAUCAGAUCAGACUCCCCUUGCAGGAUGGGAGAAGGAGCAAAUCUAUAGAAGAGCGAGAGGAAGAGUAUCAGCGGGUCAGGGAGCGGAUAUUUGCACGAGAGGCUGGCCAGAACGGAUAUCUCACCGACAGCAGGGCCAACCGGGACAGUUUGAGCCGGGCCUCGGGCAGCCGCCAGAGCAGCACCGAAAGCGAGAUAAAGUCUCUGGAACCUCGGCCGUGGAGCAGCACAGACUCCGAUGGCUCCGUCCGCAGCCUGCGACCACCCGUUACCAAAGCCAGCAGCUUCAGUGGCAUCUCCAUCCUGACACGGGGGGACAGCAUCGGGAGCAGCAAAGGCAGCACUGCCAGCAGGACGUCCCGGGCAGGUACCAACCCUGCCAUGCCUUUCUCUGUUCAAGGUCUGGUACUAGGUGCCCCUGAAGCAUGCAGCCAAUCCCCCUCUUCACAGCCCAGCCGUGGCCUCCUGCCCUGCACAGCCCAACAGCCUCAACCACAGCCACCCCAGCAGCCACCACCACAGCCCCAGGGACUUCCACCUGCAGCCCAGCAGCAGCCAGCCAUGAGCAACCACAUGAUAUCCCAGCCGGUCCCAGCGCUGCAGCCUGUUCAGUAUUCUCCAAGCUCCUGCCCCCAAGUCCUCUUGCCAGUCUCUCCACCCCAGCAGUACAACUUGGCCGAUGAACUCAGCAACCCCUUUGGGCAGAUCAGCCUCAGCCGACAGGGCUCUACGGAAGCACCGGAUCCUUCCUCGGCGAUGUUCCAGUCAUCCCUCAUCUCCCAGCAUCCUCAGCAGACAGGAUUCAUCAUGGCAACCCCUGGGCAGUCCAUUCCCACCUCCAACUACUCUGCCUCAGGGCACACGGCCCCCACCCAGCAGGUGCUGCAGCCCCAGGGCUACAUUCAGCCUCCCCAGCAAAUUCAGGUUUCUUACUACCCUCCCGGGCAGUACCCAAACUCCAGCCAGCAAUACCGAUCUCUCAGUCACCCAGUGGCCUACAGCUCCCAGCGCACUCAGCAGCUCCCUCAGCAGUCCCAGCAGCCUGGUUUACAGCCAAUGAUGUCCAACCAGCAGCAAACAUACCACGGUGUGAUGGGAGUGCAGCAGGCACAGCCCCCUGGGCUCCUCAACAGCCAGAGGAACAGCAUGGGUGGCCAGAUGCAGAAUAUGAUGGGAGUGCAGCAGGCGCAGCCCCCUGGCCUCCUCAGCAGCCAGAGGAGCAAUAUGGGGAGCCAGAUGCAAGGUCUGAUGGUCCAGUACACUCCACUGCCUUCGUACCAGGUUCCCAUGGCCAAUGAGUCCCAGAGUGUGGUCCAGCAGCCCUUCCAGCAGCCAGUGCUUGUACCAGCCAGCCAGUCUGUGCAGGGGGGCAUUCAGACUGGGGGGGUGCCCAUCUACUACAGCGUCAUCCCAACUGCCCAGCAGAAUGGCACCAGCCCUUCGGUGGGGUUCCUGCAGCCUCCUGGCUCUGAACAGUAUCAGAUGCCACAGUCCCCAUCACCCUGCAGCCCACCACAGAUGCAGCAGCAGUAUUCAGGGGUGUCUCCAUCAGGCCCUGGCGUGGUUGUGAUGCAGCUGAAUGUUCCCAAUGGCCCCCAGGCCCCCCAGAAUCCCCCUGUGGUGCAGUGGAGCCAUUGUAAGUACUACAGCCUGGACCAGCGGGGGCAGAAGCCAGGAGACCUGUACAACCCAGACACCAGUGCUCAGGCCAGCACCCAACUGAACAGCCCCAUCACGUCCCCAACCCAAUCCCCGACACCAUCGCCCGUCACCAACCUCAACAGUGUCUGCACGGGGCUGAGCCCCCUCCCUGUCCUCACACAGUUCCCCCGGCCCAUGGGCCCGACACAAGGUAAGGGGACAGCACAGAGCUGGGGCUUCCCUGGGGUUCCUUUGGACCCCCCCCCAGAUGUUUGCUUCCCUUUUGCAGGUGAUGGGCGCUACUCAUUGCUGGGCCAGCCGCUGCAGUAUAACCUGUCUAUCUGUCCCCCGCCGCUGCUCCACAACCAGCCCAACUACAAUGCACACCAGGGGCAGACUGGAAUGAAACAUGGCAACCGGAGCAAGAGACAAGCCCUCAAGUCAGCAUCCACUGACCUUGGGACAAGCGAUGUAGUGCUGGGCCGAGUGCUGGAGGUGACGGACCUGCCCGAGGGCAUCACUCGGACGGAGGCUGACAAGCUCUUCACUCAGCUCGCCAUGGCCGGGGCCAAAAUCCAGUGGCUCAAAGAGACUCAGGGGCGCCGCGGGGAUGGAGGUGGCGGGGACGGCACCGGCACUCCAGAGAACGGCAGGCACAGUGACCUCGCUGCCUUAUACACCAUCGUGGCCGUGUUCCCCAGCCCGCUGGCUGCCCAAAACGCCUCCCUCCGCCUCAACAACUCCCUCAGCCGCUUCAAGCUGCGUGUGGCCAAAAAGAACUACGACUUGCGGGUGCUGGAGCGUGCCAGCUCACAGUAGGGCUCACGCACAGGCACGCAGAGCACACUGGACUUGCAGGCACUCCCCUCUUGCCUUCUCUUUUUCCUUCCUGCCCGCCCUUCCCCUUGCCCUCCUUCAUGGAUAUAUUUAUAUGGACAGAAUUAAGAGACGAGAAAUUGAUUUUUUUUUUAAUUAUUAUUAUUAAUUAUUAUUAUUAUUAUUAUUUUUUGGAGUGCUGCCCCUGCCCGCCCACCUUCCCCUGUGUAUGUUGUUUUGUUAAGCACUGUGUUGAACCGCACAUACAGGUGUUGAAUUGGUAUGUUCACUG